UAAGCCUCGAGGUUGCGGAGCUGCGCUUGGGCGCGCGCGCGCUUCUGGUGCCGGGACUGCGGGAACAACAGAAUAAAAGACUCCCGAGGGCCAGCUGUCCUCCUUGAGGACCCUUUCUGCAGGUGGGCUGAGGGAUGGAAACUCUACAUCACCUCUGGAAACUCUGGGCCGGGCCAGCUCCGCCUCACUUCCCGCUCAGAGGCCCUGUGGGACCCUCGGGCUCUGCCUCGCCGGCUGGAGCCUGCUGUGAACCUCUCGGGAUUUGGGCUCCCGGCCACGAAAGGGUCUUGCUAAAUUUUCCAGGCAGGACUUAAACUUUGGAUCCUGUUCCCGCAGCCUGAGGAGUGGCUGGGAUUCCAGGUGGCCAUGGCGGCGCCCCGGCUGCGCGCCCUACCGCUGUUGCUCCUGCUCUGCGCGUCGUGGGUGCGUGCAGACGCGCCGCGCUGCACCUACACCUUCGUGCUGCCCGCGCAGAAGUUCACGGGCGCCGUGUGCUGGAGCGGGGCCGCACGGCCCGCGCCCGAGGCCGUCAACGCCAGCGAGGUGGCGGCGCUGCGCAUGCGCGUGGGCCGCCACGAGGAGCUGCUGCGCGAACUGCGGAGCCAAAGUCCGGGGCGGAGCCUACAUUGGGGGCGGGGCUCGGGGCGGAGCCUGCCUCCGCGCUGGCGCUGCUCAGCGAGCGCGUGCUGCACGCGGCGGCCGAGGCGCAGCGCGCUGCCGCCCGCUUCCACCAGUUGGACGAGAAGUUCCAGGAGCUGGCGCGGCUCGUGAGCCAUCAGGGCGGCCUCAUCGCCCGCCUGGAGCGCUUGUGUCCCGGGGGCGCGGGCGAGCAGCAGCAGGUCCCGCCCCCGCCCCUGGUGCCUGUGGUUCCCUUGAGUCUGGUGGGCAACGCCAGUAACACCAGGAGCCUGGACCCAGCCCCGGAAUCCCGGAGAGACCAGACGCUCAGACAGCAGGGGCCCCUGGCCUCCCCCUCACCCGCAGGGCGCCCUGCCAGCCCGACCAAGCCAGCAGGCCCGUGGCAGGACUGUGCUGAGGCCCACCAGGCGGGCCACGGGCAAAGCGGGGUGUACGAGCUGCGCCUCGGCCGGCAGGUGGUGUCUGUGUGGUGUGAGCAGCAGCUGGAGGGGGGCGGCUGGACUGUGAUCCAGCGGCGGCAGGACGGCUCUGUCAACUUCUUCACCACCUGGCAGCAGUACAAGGUGGGCUUUGGGCGGCCCGACGGGGAGUACUGGCUGGGCCUCGAACCUGUGCACCAGCUGACCAGCCGCGGGGACCACGAACUGCUGGUGCUGCUGGAGGACUGGGGGGGCCGCGGGGCCCACGCCCACUACGACAGCUUCUCCCUGGAGCCCGAGACCGACCACUACCGCCUACGGCUCGGCCAGUACCACGGGGACGCGGGGGAUUCUCUUUCCUGGCACAACGACAAGCCCUUCAGCACAGUGGAUAGGGACCGAGACUCUUAUUCUGGAAACUGUGCCCUGUACCAGCGUGGGGGGUGGUGGUAUCAUGCCUGUGCCCACUCCAACCUCAACGGGGUCUGGCACCGGGGUGGCCACUACCGAAGCCGCUACCAGGACGGUGUCUACUGGGCCGAGUUCCACGGCGGGGCUUACUCGCUCAAGAAGGCCGCCAUGCUCAUCCGGCCCGUGAGGCUGUGACUCUGUCCCUCUGUCCCCGCGGUCCAGGGUGACCCAGCCACGCCUCCCUUGCGGCUUGGCUUCUGUCCCAGCCUGUCCCACGGCGGUGGAUCUGGUUCCCGGGGCCCCUGAAAGCAGGGCCCAGGAGCCCCCUGCCAAAAUCUCAGGCCCAGACGGCGCCCGCGGGCAUCUCUGUGUGGGGUUGAGCUCAGAGUCGCUAAGAACACAGUACCGCA